AGACGACAAGAUUGCUUACUAGGCAAGAAGCAGAAUGUACGUCAUGUCAGAGAGAGAGAACCAAAACGGCGGCGUUUAGCUGUCUACUACUUCGUUCCAUUUCACCAAUUUGCAGUUGCUUCCAUUCCAACCCAAUCCAAAUCAGCACUUAUUAUUUUAUCUAUCUAUUCCAUCACCAACAAACCAUUUCUCAAAUCAAAACGUUGCCGUUUUCCAUUCCCUAACUCAAAUAAUCGCUCACCAAAUACUGCAACCCUCUCUUAUCUUUAUUAUCGGUUCGGUUUUUUGUGAUGGAUCGGACCACGAUGACGGUUGGACCGGGCAUGGACAUGCCGAUCAUGCACGACAGCGACCGUUACGAUCUAGUCCGCGAUAUUGGCUCCGGAAAUUUCGGCGUUGCAAGGUUGAUGCAAGAUAAACAAACCAAAGAGCUCGUUGCUGUUAAGUAUAUCGAACGUGGCGAUAAGAUUGAUGGAAAUGUCAAGAGAGAAAUCAUUAAUCACAGGUCUCUGAGACACCCUAACAUUGUUAGGUUUAAGGAGGUCAUUUUAACACCUACUCAUCUUGCCAUUGUAAUGGAGUAUGCAUCUGGAGGAGAACUUUUCGAGCGAAUCAGCAAUGCUGGCCGUUUUUCUGAGGAUGAGGCUCGUUUCUUCUUUCAGCAACUCAUAUCUGGGGUCAGCUAUUGCCAUGCAAUGCAAGUAUGCCACCGGGACCUGAAGUUGGAAAAUACUUUGUUGGAUGGGAGCCCAACUCCUCGUCUGAAGAUAUGUGAUUUUGGUUACUCCAAGUCUUCUGUGCUUCAUUCACAACCGAAGUCAACUGUGGGGACUCCGGCAUAUAUUGCUCCAGAAAUAUUACUGAGACAAGAGUAUGAUGGAAAGAUUGCAGAUGUUUGGUCUUGUGGAGUAACCUUAUACGUGAUGCUAGUGGGAUCGUAUCCCUUUGAAGAUCCUGAUGAGCCAAAGGAUUUCAGGAAGACAAUACAGAGAGUACUCAGUGUCCAGUAUUCCAUUCCGGAUGUUGUUCAAAUAUCUCCAGAGUGUCGCCACCUUAUCUCAAGGAUCUUUGUUUUUGAUCCUGCAGAGAGAAUCACCAUGCCUGAAAUUUGGGAACAUAAAUGGUUUCUGAAGAAUCUUCCCAUGGACCUCAUGGAUGAGAAGAUAAUGGGUAACCAAUUUGAAGAGCCUGAGCAACCAAUGCAGAGCAUUGAUACAAUAAUGCAGAUAAUUUCAGAAGCUACUAUACCAGCAGCUGGGACCUGUUCUUUAGACCAGUUUAUGGGAGAUAACAUCGAUAUGGAUGAUGAAUUCGAUGAAUUGGAAUAUGAAUCCGAGCUUGAUAUAGACAGCAGUGGGGAGAUAGUGUAUGCCAUAUACUAAUUUAAUCAUAGCGAGUACUUCACAAAGACAACAUGUUAAAAGAGCAUUUAUGGCAUUUUCAGCCACAUGGAAAGAGAAAUAUGUGAUGCCUGCAUUUUCUGUAGAUUAGUAUGGAUAAUAGUAAUACAAAGAAGUACAUGUUAAUUUUUAUGUGUGCGUGCUUGGAGGAUCAUGCGUCCACAUCAUUUAAGAGUAUCACCUUUCUUGAAGUGGGGUUGGAUGUUUUCUUACAUGCUAAAAAAGGGUACUUGCUGGUUAAGGGAAGAUAAAUGACUGUUAUCCUUUACUCACUUUUUGGUGAAUACUUGCUUAAUAUAUUAUUAUAUUUACACCAGCCUUUUUGUUGCUUAAUUGGCCAUUAGGUGAAUAAUAUUUCAUGGCCAUGCUUAUAUUAUAUAUGCACCAACUCCAUGUAAACACUUUUUAUUCGACACUUCCUUAUUUUGUGUAUGUGUGUGUGUUAUACAUGUGCGUAUGUUUCAGGUUUUGCUCCAUUCUAA